ACAAAACGCGGCACGAAGAUGUACGGGGACUCAUGCACUUCUGUGGACGAGUGCGGUUUCCAGCAUUCCAUCUGCGAUGGGGAGAACUGUCGCUGCGACCCGACUAUGCCAGUAUCAAAUGACUUCGAUAAAUGUGCUAAAGCCGCCGGCAUCAACGAGUCGUGCACAUUCAACCAGCAAUGCGAGGCGGCUGUAAUCAAGACAACUUGCCGCAACGAGCGCUGCGUCUGCAUGUAUGAGAUGGUACCGGAGGUUACCGUUGGUGGCGCUAUCAUUUGUAAAUCCCAGAAGCAAGUAGAGGAAUCCACGCAGACUCUCGACCCGGCAAUGAUUGGCGUUCUUGUUGGCAUGGCUCUCAUGUUUGUCAUCAUCUGCGUUGUGCUUCGGUUGUUUAGCAGGGCUCGUUGGAGGGAGAACCGGACGAUCUUCAACACGCCAAACCCACGGCUGAUGAAUGUAUCUUUGUUGCGCGACUCGAAACUUCUUCAUGCGCAGGAUCGUCGUGGUUCCCGCGUAAGCAUGCGGCCACCAUCGCGCCAGGCUAGCCAACAGGAGCUGAGACCACACUCACCAAGUCCUGGAUCUCGUCGCGGAUCCCGAGCCAGCAGUGGACAUUCUGCAACAUCAUUAAGAUCGGCAACACUUCGUUCACCAACUGCAGCCGGUCCCACAUCCGUGACCGUAGAAAUUAGAGUUCCGGACGCAUAAAUACUGCAAAUCUACGCAGAAGUUAAAAGUUUGAUAAUCUAAAGAAAGCAGUUGAGGUUUCAAUCGGGUAUUCGUAAGUCAAAUAAAACAUGUAUGACAAAUCUUUUCUAGUACGACUUUGAACACAAAAUACCCAGUCCAUAUGUUUUUUUCAUUUAGAACCUUAAUUAAAGUAAGCUUUCUUAAUAUAAGGAUUUCGCUACAUCUUGAGCAAUAAUAUGCACUAUUAUAAUAUAAUGCAAGAAUUUCAGCCACUAUUGAAGUGCCUCUAGAUUAUAAUGCGUGAAUUUGCCCGCCAUUACAUAUUAAUUAUUAAGUUAGAUUAAGUAAUAAAUUAUUAACAACCACAUCA